AUGCCGUUCCAGCAACAGCAGCCUUUUCCACCGCCAAAUAAUGCCGCUUACCCUCAGCAAGCUCCGGUCGGCACGCGACUGUCUGCAACCGCCGCAGAAUUUGGCGUCGGACGUGGCCAGUGGGCCAUGCAGCCGCAACACCAGGCGCUCACGUACGCGAGCACCACGGAGCCUCUCAACUAUCGCCGUCUACUUGAUCGCAACAUGAGUUGCAACUGGAAGUACAUUGUCGAUAAGAUCGUCUGCAACAAUGAUCAGCAGGCAUCCAUCUUCUUGCAGCAGAAACUCAAGCAAGGCACAGGUGAGCAGAAGUUCGAGAUCGUGCAGGCCAUCAUCGAUCAGGCCUACCCACUCAUGGUCAACCGCUUCGGCAAUUUCCUGGUCCAGCGCUGCUUCGAGCACGGCACCCCAGAGCAGGUUGUUGCCAUCGCACAAGCCAUUCGCGGUAACACGCUCAACCUCAGUAUGGAUGCUUUCGGAUGCCAUGUUGUGCAGAAGGCUUUCGAUUGUGUGCCAGAGGAGUACAAGGCCAUCAUGGUGCACGAGCUGCUUCGCCGAAUCCCAGAGACUGUCAUCCAUCGCUAUGCCUGCCACGUUUGGCAGAAGCUAUUCGAGCUGCGCUGGAGCGACUCGCCUCCUCAGAUCAUGAAGUACGUCAACGAAGCACUUCGAGGCAUGUGGCAUGAAGUCGCGCUCGGCGAGACGGGCAGUCUCGUUGUCCAGAACAUCUUCGAGAACUGUCUUGAAGAGGACAAGCGCCCUUGCAUAAACGAGGUGCUCUCAAGCAUUGAUGUCGUUGCCCACGGCCAGUUCGGUAACUGGUGCAUCCAGCACAUCUGCGAACACGGCUCGAUCCCAGAUCGUACCCGCGCCAUUGACCAUGUCAUUCGCUUCGCCUCCGAGUACAGCAUGGACCAGUUUGCUUCUAAAGUCGUUGAGAAGUGCCUGAAGAUCGGCGGCAGCGACUUCCUUGAUCGCUACCUUGAUCGCGUCUGCGAAGCUCGUCCAGACCGUCCACGCAUGCCACUAAUUGACAUCUCUGGCGACCAAUUCGGUAACUAUCUCAUUCAGUACAUUCUCACGCACGGUGAUCCAGAGCGUCGUGAGAUCGUCGCCGCACACAUUCGCAAGCACAUGGUCUCGCUUCGUGGCUCCAAGUACGGAUCGCGCGUUGCCAUGCUCUGCUGCAACCCUGCUGUCGCCACCCGUCCAGGUCCACCAGCUGGCCUUCCGAUGCACCGCAACAAUGGCGGCUAUGGAGGCGACCAUCACUUUGGUCAAGGCCCACCUCGCCCAUACGGCAAUGACCGCCCAUACAUGGGCCGUGGAGACUAUGGAGGCGCAUACCGCUGAUCAACUGCUCUGCUGCCUCAGCCGCGAAGAAUGAUUUUCGCCUCAUACCCAUGAUUCUGGACCGAAAGUAUCAUCGCCAUACGUUCGCUCUAAUCUACGCUGCCGGCAAGGCACGCCUUUUGCUCGCUGUCUACAUUUAAGCUACGCUUGGGAUCUUGCCCAUGUCGUUGGAUGGGAGGCAUGUUAUCAAGGUUGCUAUUUCAUCUUGGCAGCUUUGUAACCAGAGCAGUGAGCGUGCUGGUCAGGCUUGCACAUCGCCCUACAUCUUAGCCAUCUCGGAGAUGUUUUCCGGUUGUUUCUGUUCAUCAAAAGCGAAAAGGAGGUAUGAAAGCUCACAAGAAGGAGAUUGCUGCUACUGUUUGAUAUCUUAGCCACGAGUUCGGCUCGAGAUGCGUAAUGGGUAGUGCUUAAAUUCUAGUGUUUCGGAUAAUGAGAAAAUUUGCUGUUUGUAUGC